GGCUCCGGCUCCGGGGCACUUAAAGGGGACGCAGCGGCGGCCCUGGGACCAAGGUGGGGGGGUGGGUCUCGGGGAGGGGCUGGGGGGGACAACAGAGCCAAAUUCGAUCGGCGGCUCCUUGGGGUGGGGGACUUGUACAUCGGAGCCCAGGAACUGAGGAGAGCGUAGGACACCGCGUCCCCUCUUGACCGUGCCCCCCUUAUUCCAUCCGGCACCCCAAUAUCUCAUUCAAGCCCCUUCCACCUCGCACGCAUACUACAAAAGCUCAGCCCGGACACACUGCUGCCACCACGCCACUGCUGUUGCUGCCGCCGCCGCUGUCGCUGCCACUGGAGAUCAGAAUACAGCAUUUGGGAACUACUGGUAAAAAGUUUCAACUGACAGAGCCCUGGGUAAUGUCCUGAGGAUGAACGGGUGUUUUCCAGUCACUGGCUUGAGAUGCCUGUCUAGGACUUUUCCCCUCCUGUCUUCUUUCUUUGCCCCUGCCCCAUUCUGUUCUGAUGCCACUAGUUCUAUCUCCUCUGCUCAUGGGGCCACCUCCCCCAUCUGGUCAGUUUCCUCCCUUCUUUCCUCCUUCCCAUCCUCUGUCAUUGUACCCCUCCUCCCUGUCUCCCAGGUGUGCUGUACUUUCCUGCGGGAUGGUCCCACCCUCCCCAGCCCCAAUUCUGCUGUCCGGCUGCUUCGAACUCUGGCAGAAACCCCGCCUGCUGACACCCCCCUCCUGGGGAACUGGUGGCGGAUGUGGCAACGCUGCUGGCCCGGGAGGCUCUCUAACUGUCCUCUCUCCGGCGGGCUUCUGCCGCGCCGCUUCUCGCUUGCUCCCUCCUCCCAGGACGGCACAAGGAUGGCGGAGCCAGGGGCGCCCCGCUUCUUGCUAACUUUCGAUUUUGAUGAGACCAUAGUGAAUGAGAACAGCGAUGACUCCAUAGUGCGCGCCGCUCCGGGUCAGAAGCUGCCUGACAGCCUGCGGGCCACUUUCCGCGAGGGCUUCUACAACGAGUAUAUGCAGCGGGUCUUCCAUUACCUGGGUGAGCAGGGCGUAAAGCCGCAAGACUUCCGCGAAGUCUACGAGGAGAUCCCCCUGUGUCCGGGCAUGUCCGACCUCUUCCAGUUCCUGACCAAACAGGGCAGCUGCUUUGAGGUCAUCCUCAUCUCAGAUGCCAACAUGUUUGGCGUGGAGAGCUCCCUGCGUGCUUCAGGCUACCGCGGCCUCUUCCGAAAAAUCUUUAGCAACCCGUCGGGCCCAGAUGAGCGUGGCGUAUUGGUGUUGUAUCCCUUCCACAAGCACUCCUGCACUCGCUGCCCUGCCAACAUGUGCAAGCACAAGGUGCUGGGCGACUACCUGCGCGAGAGGGCGCAGGACGGGGUGCACUUCGAGCAUCUCUUUUAUGUGGGCGACGGCGCCAAUGACUUUUGCCCCAUGGGGCUGUUGGCGGCCGGUGAUGUGGCUUUCCCGCGCCGCGGCUUUCCCAUGCACCGACUCCUCCAGGAAGCCCAGAAUACCGAGCCCCCUUCGUUCCGGGGCACCAUGGUGCCCUGGGAGUCGGGAGCUGAAGUCCGUCGCUACUUGCAGGAGAUGAUGAAGAAAUGCUAACAGCCUUGGAGGGGACGGAGCUGGAGGUCCAGCCGGCUGGGGAAGGCAGAGCUCCUGGGCUGCCUGGCCUCUCCCACCCCCCACCCCACUUUGUUUUUACCUCCGAUUGGGGACCCAGGAAAGCGAAAUCGUGUUUUAAUUACCAACACAAAAACUUUCUCCCCCCACCCCCGAAUUUGCUUUGGUUUAUCCCUCCCUCGGACCCUUUCCAACUGCCCUGCAAGAACCCUGGGCUCCAUCUAUUUGGGAGAUGGGAGAGGGGGCAGAAACAUACACGUAUAUACAUAUACACAUAACAUGUGUGUGUAUAUGCAUAUAUGUAUAUAUCUAUCCAUAUAUAUUACAUAAAUGAAUAAGGAGGCAGUAACUAUCUAUGCAGUUAGCCCAGUCCGGCUGUCCAGAGUCGGGUCCUGACAGUCCGGCAGUGCACACCUGUUUGAGGGGAGCCAGACAGUCCAACCUGACACCUGAUGUCAUCAGGGCUUCCAAGAUAAAGCCUACACCAUCAUUAUUUUUGUGGUGAGGCUGUUCUGGGUGGGGAGGGGUGAAGUAUUCAAAUCGUUGCUUUCUGUCCCUGCCACCAAUGUGCAACAACUCCUCUCCCCAGGCGCAGGGAAACCUUCCUAACACGCACUCAGCCCCCUGUCCAUCUGCCUGCUUCUGGUUGACCCAGCUCGCACCCAAUGACCCCUAUACAGCUCCCUUCCCCACCCAGUUACAAAAAAGGGUGAGUUUGGAAGACCAGGGAAAUUGUAGCCCUCUGGUGGUGAAACGAGGUAGAGUCCAGUCCCAGCUCUCCUAGCAGUCUCUGCCCUCCACCCUUCAUCUAUGCAGCAACAGGCCAGUGACCUCUCUCCAAAGCCUCAGCAGGAGCUGGGCCCCCUUCUCCCCACUUAACCCCGUCUCGGAUUGUUUGGAACUCAAAGCCAUGAUGUUUUUAAGCAGAGCCAGUGCAAGCCCAAGGUCCCCCUCCUUCCCUUUCUCCCAGCUGUGUUUGAGAGCUAUAAAGGAAGUGAAGGGGGUAAGGCAUCUGAGUGAGGUCUCUUUUGUGUGGAGGGAGGUCACCAGUCAAUUGGUCAGCCUUUUUUUUUUCUUCUGAGCCUUCUCUUGAAGGCAGAGUCCUUAAAUACAGGGCACAUAGGCAGUUCCUGCUCUCAGGAAACUCCCAGGGUAAUGGGAUCAGGACCGAGACAGCAGCAAGAGACUAAGGCCUAAAGCUCCCCCAAAUCUAGAGACAGGAGGCACAGUCUGUUCUAACCUAUUUAACACAGGUGAAAUGAUUUGCCCAAGUCACAUAACAAAAGUUUCCUAGAAGAGAAAUAUUUUGGGUUGUCCCCCUAGGCUUAGUGGGGUAGGAUCUAUUCCAAGGUUGGGGAUGAGGUUUAUACAGUGGACCCUCAAUUGUUGGUGUUGAAAAUUAGAGAUGGGAGAGGAGGCUCAGAACAAAGACAGGGUAACUUCAUACUCUGCCCCAAGCAGGAACAGUCAAGAGCUUUAACAGUGUUUUAUUGAAAGUAGGACCGGAAAUAAUCUCCAUUCUUGGAGAAAUGAUCACCAAAUUUUAGACUAUAAUUCUCACCCACCAACAAAAACUUCUGCUGGCAGCAUCCCUUGUUUUUGCCUCUCCAUCUCCCUAACCCCCCCACCCCAGACAAUUCUACCGCAGCCAGCAAGACAAAGAGUUAAUCUUACUUGGGAUCUUUUGGAGCUGAUACCCAAUUUCUGUUUUUGUCUAACUUAAUGAGUUUCUCUUUCCUUUUAUUUGCCCCAAUUUUGUCUCCAGGCACAGUAUAAAGCUUGCCUGAAGGGCUGAAGUUACUGGGAAUAUUGGGAAAAGGGUAAGCCCUGGGUACAAGGGAAAGGUAGAUAAAAUGGCAUCACUUUGUCCCCUUUUCGGUACCAGAAUUCCCAGCUGGCAUGAAGGACAGGCUCUUAGCAGCUUGGUUCCACGUAGUUUCCAGGGAAGAAGCCCGAACCCUCUGAGGUGACACCCUCGCACCAGCCAUCAGAGUAGCGGCGGGUGACACAGAUGGUGGUGCCCACAUCAAAAGAGAGCUCGUUGUCUUUCUGGCAGGUGUAAGGGUACAGCGUCACCACUGUGUGGGAGGAGGGGAUACCAUACUGAGAUCCUGUGGUAGUGAUGGGGGGACAGCUUGGCAUGUCACCCAGGGGAACCCUGGGUUUGAAUCUUGCCUUAAAGCUAGCUGUGACCUUGGGCAAAUCACUUGACUUAUUUUGGCCUAAGAGGUGGUGCCUCUUAAGGUCCCUCACAGCACUGAUCCUAUGAGCCCUAGGUCUCAGGACAGGGUAAUCCCAACAUUGAACAAUGGGGAGUACAAGAUGAAGCCCCAGGGUUUUCCUAAAAGACCUCUUUUCCGGGGAGAAGUACUAUAUUCCUAAGGAGCGGGUGAGAAUCCAUGUCAGAGGACAAGUGGUUGGGGUGCAUAGAAAUUUCAGUCACCAUUACUAUGCAGUUUUAGGCUCACUACCCUCUUUUUUGUGACUCCGUUUGGGGUUUUCUUGGCAGAGGUGCUGAGAGUGGUUUUGCCAUUUCCUUCUCCAAUUUAUUUUAUAGAUGAGGAAACUGGGGCAAAUAGUUAAGUGACUUGCCCAGGGUCACACAGCUAGUAAGUGUCUGAGGCCAGAUUUGAAUUUGAGAAGAGGUGUCUUCCUGACUUGAGGCCUGGCACAUCCACCUUGCUGCCCUCCUCACUUCUACCUCUUACAAUGUUGGAAUUAGAAAGGACCUCAGGCUAAAUCUAAUUCAUACCUGAACAGCCAUUCCCCCUGUAAUAUCCCCAACAGGUGGUUGUCCAACUUCAUUUUGAAGACCUCCAAUGACAACUCAUUUCCUCUGGAAAUCACCAGUCUGAAUCUACCUCUCUAGUUCUGCCCAAUAUAACCAAAGAGAACAAGUCUGAUCAUUUCCCCCAUGAUAAGUCCCCACCACCCCCAGUUUGUUGAUCAUCUUAAAAUGUGCCUAGAACAUGACACUAGAUGUGAUCCAAUUGUCAGAACAGAAUGGAGGAACUAUGAUCUGAUUCAGCAUACUAUACCUCUCCAUUGCAGCAUAUUCAGUUUUCUUAGCUGUGAUGUCACAUUGUUGAUUCAAGUUAGCAUGUAAUCUACAAAAAUGUCCAAUGUCCAUACGAAUUGUUGUCUAGCCAUAUUUACCCCAUUUUGUAUUUAUGCCAUUGUCUAAAUCCAAGUGAAGGAUUUUGCAUUUGCCUCUAUUACAUUUUGUCUUUGAGCUGGCCUUUCAUUUCUCUUUCAAAAUCUUUGGAUCCUGAUUGUAUUAACUAUUUCUCAGCCCUGUGUGAACUGGAAAUUUGAUAAACUUGUCAAUUGUUUCUUCAAGUCAUUGAUUUAAAAAAAAAAGUUAAGCAGUAUAAGAUAAAGGACAGAUACCUACGCCACUCUAUACAUACUGCAUAGAGUGUUGGGCUUAGCUUAGGAAAAUCUGAGUUCAAAUCUUGCCUCAUAGUUACUAGCUGUAUAAACCCCAGACAAAUCACUUAACCUCCUUCUGCCUGUUUCCUCAUGUAUAAAAUGGUGACAAUAAGACUUAAGUGCUUUAUAAAUAUUUCUAUUAUUCCAAAUUGACAUGGAUCUACUGAUUACUCUUUGGACCACAGAAUAUUCUCUCCCAGUCAUCUCCCCCUGCUAGUCAUUGAAAAGGUUUCCAGUUAGCCAGGCCCACCCAGAAUUAGGAAGGGGAACCAACUACAAAAAUGAAAACAUGUUCAGACUGAACCUGGCCAUGAAAUAUUUGCAGUUAUCUGAUUAGGGUUUCUGCUGUUCCCUUAGGAGGCAGAUUCUAAAUUCCUCAGAUUCAAAGCCUGGUCUAGACAUAUUUGUGUGUUGCCCCAAGGCAAGGUUUGAAAAUCGUACCACAUAAACUCAUAUAUUUAGAGCCGGAUGGGACUUUGGAGGUCUUCUCAUAUAACACGCUCAUAUCAAAGAUGAGGCAACUAAUAAAGCUUCAGUGACUUGCCCAAAGUCGCACAAUGAUGGGAUUUGAACCCUGCUCCCCAUUCUUGGAGAAGAUCAUAUGUUGUGGAAGGAGCUGUGAAUUAAAAGCCAGAUUUGUGCUCUGUAACCUAUAGGGUCAUAGAUUUGAAGAUCUUAAGAGGUCAUCUCACCCAACUCCCUCAUUUAAUGAAGCAGCCUGAGGACUAGAGAGGUUAGGUGACUUAGCCCAAAGGGCCUCUUACUGCCAGCUCUGCCACUAACUUGGUAUGUGGCCUUGUCAUUAACCUCUCUGGGUGUCAGUUUUAUAAAAUGCAGACUCCUCUCCCCUC